AUGGGAGUGGAGAAGGGCUUGGCAGAGCCCCAGACCCAGGCUGCACCAGCAGCCCCUGUCCCCCAGGCUCUGCUCCUCGUGGUGCCGGGCACCCAGGGCGGCACUCCCAGCCUCAGGUGUGACUGCGCCCGCAACUCACAGAAGAGGAGUGGCCUUUUCUGUUGCAGGGGCUGUCCGGCAGGGCAUUACCUGGCGGGCCCCUGCACAAAGCCUUGUGGCAACAUCACCUGCCUUCCGUGCCCCCCGGGGACCUUCCUGGCCAGGGAGAACCACCACGAGACCAGCUGUGCCCGCUGCCUGGCCUGUGAUGAGCAGGCUUCCCAGGUGGCCCUGGAGAACUGCUCAGCACUGGCAGACACCCACUGCGGCUGCAAGCCAGGCUGGUUCAUGGACUGCUUGGUCCCGCAGUGCAUCGGCAACUCCCCCUUCCACUGCCACCCAUGCCUAGACUGCGGGGCCCUGCACCGCCACAUGUGGGUGACUUGUUCCAGCAGAGACACCGACUGUGGGACCUGUCUGCCUGGCUUCUAUGAAUAUGGCAACAGCUGUGUGUCCUGCCCCACGAGUACCCUCUGGAGCUGUCCUGAGCCCUGUGCGGCUGUCUGUGGCUGGAGGCAGAUGUUCUGGGUCCAGGUGCUCCUGGCAGGCCUGGUGGUCCCACUCCUUCUUGGUGCUACCCUGACCUAUGUAUAUCGCCGCUGCCAGCCCUGCAAGCCCAUGGUUCCCGCAGAUGGAGCUGGGAUGGACGCCCUGAACCCCCUGCCGGCCACCCACCUCUCACCCCCAGACUGUGCCCACACCCUUCUGGUGCCACCCAGCAUCAGUGAGAAGGUCUGCACUGUCCAGUUGGUAGGCAACAGCUGGACCUCUGGCUCCUCCCAGACCCAGGAAGCGACCUGCCCGGAGGUGCCAUGGUCCUGGGACCAGCUGCCCAGCAGAGCUCUUGGCCUGCCGAUGCCACCUGCGCCUUCACCAGCAGCCCUGGCCUCGCUCCAGCCAGGCCCGCAGCUCUACGACGUGAUGGACGCGGUGCCCGUGCGGCGCUGGAAGGAGUUCGUGCGCACUCUGGGGCUGCGCGAGGCCGAGAUCGAGGCCGUGGAGGUGGAGGUCGGCCGCUUCCGCGACCAGCAGUACGAGAUGCUCAAGCGCUGGCGCCAGCAGCAGCCCGCGGGCCUGGGCGCCAUCUACGCGGCCCUGGAGCGCAUGGGACUAGAUGGCUGCGCGGAAGAUCUGCGUAACCGCCUUCAGCGUGGCUCAUGACGCGGGGCCCACCUGCCAACUGGGGGCUCUGGGGGCCCUCGCAGAAGCCCUAAGUACCGUUACUUACGCGUGUAGACAUUUUAUGUCACUUAUUAAGGUUCUGGCACGGCCCCGCAUAGAGGCGCCAGCCGGCCUCUCCCUGCACACCCCCAGGGUUCUACUUAAGGCAAAGAAGCAUAAAGGAACAUCGGGCGGGGGUCAAGAGACUGCGCCGCUGUUUCUCGGCCUGAGUUUGGCUGGGGCCUUGGUAUUAAAUCUGUGAAGAAAAGCUGCUUGGUGUUUCCGCAGGGCCGGGGUGUUAAGUGGCCUGGGCUUAGUUUCCUGGAGGCGUCGAAAGGGCCGGAAGUCUUGCCGCC